AUGCGCUUUCCUGCCAUCAAGGCCUUGAUAUUGGUCGCUGUCGCCGUGAACGCGAAGCCAAGAGGCACCACCAUCGGCAGCAACACAUUCAUACCCGGACCUCGGGACCUGUCGGCUGACCGAGAACCAAUCGAGACGUCGCAACUCGACGCCAAGGUCUGGGACAGAGCUGUCGCAGCCCCCAACGGAACAGUUCUACUAGGCCGGAACAGAGUCAACGUCGUCAAGCCAGGCUCAUGGGACGGUCGCUGCCCUUCGUGUCCCACGUGCACUUCGGACUGCGGCGCCUUCGACCGGCUACUCAUUGACGAUGCUCUCCGUCAGCUAUGCCGCGGCACGGGCUGUGACGGCGGUGCCACGUAUCAAGUCCCGGCCACGGCCGUCUGGACAGACUUGACCUCUUCUCAAUCCUGCUCAUGGACCAUCACGGCAGAGGGGGAUUUCCAGUCCGAGGACGUACGCGACUUCAUGAUCCAGAUGAUGACGACGGCGCUGAGCAAGACCACCACCAACUCAUCCAGAGACUUCAUCUCGGGCGAGCCCGACGUGCUUGGCUGUGGUCAACGGGGGGCCGCGCCGUGCGACUGCUACUGGUAUCAAAGCGCGCCGGGGUGUACCAGGGGCAGCCAGACGACUUGGAGCAUGGUCAAUUAUCAACAGGUUGAUAUCCGGACCGGCGAUGGUUCCAACACCGCGCAGCUCAAGUACACCGUCGCCGAAGCGUGCAAGACGGAAUCCCUUUGGCUGUGCAAUCCCGUCACAAUCACUCUUCUUGGCGGUGCCCUGUCUCUGAUUCCGACGGUAGGCCCGUUUGCCGGCAUGACUUAUACUGUUCUUUGUCAGGAAUUUUCCCCCCAGUGA